AUGCCGGUGAAAAAGAUAGGGCAUGAGCGCGUCGAGCAAGAUGGUGGGGUGCUCUCGAAUACCGGGUUCCCACGGGCGUUCGAGUCAUCGUUAACGGCACUUGGUGAAUCUCAAACCGGUCUUGGCGUCUCAUCGUGUAGUCGUACUUGGCGUUUCCGUGUGGUACUCGUCGAGCAACAGAAGAAGUUGUGGUUCGAUGGUCUUGGCCGCAAAGGUGGUUGCAGCCACGGAAGGCCGUCAGAGAGGAAGCAGUGGCGCGAGGAGGGCCAUGGCAGGCACGGGUCUGCCGGACUUGCAGCUGCGGCUGAUGAUGACGGCAGAGGAGACCUGCUGGUGCUGCUCACUAGCGAGAGGACGGCGAGGGAGGAGCAAGACGGCGGAAAACUCGGAGCUCGGGGAUGA